AUGUCCCUGUCCUUGUUGACACCACGAUUAGUCUCUGGGCGUUGCUUCGCUCAACUUGUGGCCAUCAGAGCUUCAUCUGGUGGAGCCGUCUUUAAGGCUGGAGAUCAAUCUUUGAAAAUCAGCCAGCCCGGAUUCUUCAAGUACGAGCGUGAUAUCUCUAGAGACAAGAAAUACUCUAACCCCCAGAAGCCAGGAGAUCUUCCCUCCAGAUUCCUUCUCCGCAAGCUCGGACAUGCUUACGAAAUCUAUCCUCUUUUCAUUCUUACUGGACUUUGGUUCGUACUCUUCUGUUAUGUCGUCUACUAUUCCUUCGAAAAGACUGAAAUCUGGCUCGACAGAAGCCACAGCGUUGCUCCAUGGGACUGGGAGAGAUCUCGUGAGAACUACUGGAAGAAGCCAACUCUCGCUUUCGAUUCUGAGGGAGUCACCAAGAAGAGAGUCGAACUUAUGGAGAUCCUUCAAGACGAGAUGGUUGCUGCUGCUAAGCAAAGAGGAACUCGAUAA